AUGCAUCCCUUUGGCGGAACACCAAUAUGCCCUAGGUGCAACAAGGCUGUCUAUGCCGCAGAACAGGCCAUGGGACCAGGAAGGAAGCCAUGUCUCGCAUGUAAGUUGUGUAACAAGAGACUCGACUCCUAUACCUUGCUAGAACACGAUCAGGAGAAUUUUGGAACACGAGACCUUCGUCAAGCCAACCUCCCCCAUCGAGAGGAUAAUUUAGGCUCUCCCAACUCAGCCCCAUCUCCCCUCCCCAUCUCCCCUGUCAAGACCUCCUUCUCCCUGUCCAGGCCCCCCGCACAUCCCACUCCCAUCCAACGCAACUCCUCCCGUUCUCCAGCGCCCUCCUACAGCACAGGCUCCGGCCGGUCCGCAGCACGCUCUCCCCCGCCCGUCCUUCGCGCAAACUCCACACUUCCCUCCAAAUACAACAAAUCCCCCAUCACAACCUUCGACGGAUCGCUGCCAGGCGAGGGAAAUGCCCACAUCGGCGAGUCGGCAGUACAACCAUCAGGCUCCCCCGUGAGUCCCACCUUCAAGGGAACGCCUACACACAGUGGUCGGGGACUCGGAGGUCUCCCUCGUACCGUCCCUUUCAGUCCUACCAAGACGGAAUUUGGGCGGACGCAUGUCUCUACUGUCAGCAAUGGGGACAAACUGGAGCCUUCGCAAAUUUCUGCCGUCACUCUCGGUCGGUCCAGCUCUUCUACGUCAGCGAUGGAACAAACCCCCAAGACGUCUCCUUUGAAGCCUACAGCCACAGGGACCAGAUAUGGUAUGGCCUUGUCUGGUGCAAUUCACAGUCCAAGUCCCAGUAAGCAAUGGGGGGGCACCAACCCGAUUUGUCCGCGAUGCGGCAAGAGCGUCUACUUUGCGGAACAAAUGAAAGCUGUUGGCAAGACCUGGCACAAGGGAUGCCUGAGAUGCACCGAGUGCAAUACAUCUCUAGACUCGACGAAGCUGACGGAGAAAGAUGGUGAUCCAUUCUGCCAUAGAUGUUACAGCAAGCUACACGGGCCACAGGGAAGCGGAUACGCACUCCUGGGAAAAGCGGGUGGAUAAAGUUUUGAGGUGAGACGUUUGCUGUACGCAACGUGUGUGAAGAGAGAUUUUGGAUGGUCGCUCCCGUAUCGUUAUCAUUAUUCAAUUUCACUUUCACUGUACUAUUUUGUUUUAAUACCUUUCUCUUGACGAACUUCUAGAUAGACGUAUUCUAUGUCUAUGGAGGACUGCAGUUCCACAAACGUGUGAUGCACGCUCGACUGUCUAUCCUCUAAACAGUCUGCUCAC